CAACUAAUAGUUAGAUUUAGAAGUGAACUGUUUGGUGAACGACUCUAUCAACAUUCAAACACAACCUUUGUAGUUCAACUUCCAUAGAGCAACCACAAAGUUAGCCUUCCCACUAAAAAUGCAUAUAAGCACACAACACACAACACUCAACGCAAACACACACAUUCUUCCUCCCAAAACAUUUUACACCACAAAACACACACACCUCAACGAAUGGCUAGCAAGAAAGCUCAAGUUGAAGACCAACGGGCCGGAGCAGAGAUCAUCCACGGGGCCCACGAGUGCUACAACCACUCCGUAACACAACUCAAGGAGCUAGGGUUUCCGAGGGGCGUGCUCCCCCUCAAGGACCUAGAAGAGUGUGGAAUAGCACGAGAAACGGGCUUCGUUUGGAUGAAGCAAAAAGCGCCGUACGAGCAUUUCUUCGAAGCGACAAAUACGCUCGUGAGAUACGACAGAGAGGUGACUGCUUACGUGGAGGAAGGGAAGAUGAAGAAGAUGAGUGGUGUGAAGAGCAAACAGCUUCUUUGGGUGCCUAUUGUUGAGAUGAGUAUUCAUGAAGAAGUUGGUGCUGAGAAGAAGAUUUACUUCAAGACUCCUGUGGGGAUAGGAAGGUCUUUUCCUUUUGUUGCUUUCAUGGAUGAAGAGGAGAAGAAGAAGCAAUAUUUGGAGUAGAAAUAAGAACAAUUUGGAACUAUGCUUAAAUUUCCUUCAUUUUGUCCUUUUUUUUUUUGUUGUUGUUGUUGUUGUUGUUAUAAGUUGUUCAAUCAAGUUUUGAAUUUGAGUGUUCAUUGCAUUUAUAUAUGUUUUAUUUAUUUUUGAAUCUCAUAAAAAGUAUUUUAUGUGGGUUAGGUUUCGUCAUG